UUUACAAUAAUCGUAGUCGACUGAAGCCUUUAUUGAUGCGUCUUUGAACUGAGUUUUGAUAUCUAUUAAAAAUUUAUCAGUUCGCAAUACCCGGUAUAUCCUUGUUGCUUUGUUUAUAUUUUUUAAAAAAUAUCAUUUGACAUCAAAUUCUGCUGUGUACUUGGCACUCCUGACUUUACUAUUCCACAUUUUUGUGUCGUUGAAAGAAUUGCAGUCAAAAGUUACGUAAUUUGAAUUAGAGGUAAAUUAGAUUAAAACCUUAAGGUGAGAAUUUAUGAUACUGAAAAAGAUAUUGCUCAGUCAAACUAGUUUCUAAUUGAUCUACUUUACGCAACAAAAAAAAGAUUUAUAAUCUAAAAACUUUAACCCUCUAUGAGAGUGAUGGGAGGCCACGAUCACCACGGACCACCAUUUGUCGUCCCCAAGGACCCUAGCAUAUAUAAACUAGAAAAUGCACCACAGUUGGUGCUCCUUCAAAAGAAGUUGGCUGAACAUGGCUUGAAAGAUCCUUGGAUCCGAAAUGAAAUUUGGCGUUACGAUGUGACAAAAUGGGGAACACAGGCUGGGCGUGUAAGACAAUUCUUUCUGAUGGGUGCUAGAGUUGGUAUUCCAUUAUUUCUCAUAACGAUAGCUGCUGAAAAAGCUUUGGGUAUUGAUUAUAGCCAUCAUCAUGGUCAUGGUGAAAACCACCAUGGGAGUCAUAGCAAAGAGCAUUGAAUUAUUUUGCAAUUAAUUCCAUUGGUGAAAAUGAUAAGAUGCUAAUAAUACCAGUAUAGUCUUUAGUAUAAUAAAUGUGGGAAUACCAUCAAUAUUCUUGAAAGUAUGUAUUUGUUGUUGUAAUAAAAAACUUGAGAGGUGCAACAAAA